CUGGGCAGUUCCUCGCCCCGGGUCUGCCAGUGAGGCUGCGGCGGCGGCGACAGACAGAGGUGGAGACACACGCUCUGUAUCGACACUACAUCGGAUUGACGAGCGCCGAGGAGAGCGAGAGAUGGCGCUGGGCCGCGCGUGCCUGCCGCUGCUGAUGCUGCUGCUGGCCGCCACCCCGCGCUCGGUUGUUGCCGAACUAAGCCAGACGGUCGGCUGCGGGAGCUACCAGCUGGCGCCCGGGCACAUCCUCACCAUCAAGGGCUCCUCUCAGCCCUGCGCCUGGACGUUCACUGGCCCAAAGGACAGCAAAGUCGAGGCCGCGUGUUCGGACGUCUCCAUUCCGAAGACACGAAGAUGCAAUAUUGCAGCUCUUCUGGUCUCCACGCCGAGGACGAGCACGGCCAGGAUGUGCGGCCGGAGGUCCUUCCUGACGCUCAAGAGGAACAGUGACAGCAUGACCAUCUCGAGCGCCCCGAGGAGGAGGUCCAAGAACGUCUUCUCCUGCGACGUCUUCUUGAGGAUGCCAAGCCACGCGCGAUACGACUGCCGUGAGUGGAAACUUUCUCGUUGUUUUCCCUUCGAAGUAAUUGCCGAGUUGACGAAUCAAAACGACGUUAAAGACAGAAUUCCAGAUAAGGCAAAAGGGACAAAUGAAAGAAGAUUCUGCCUCAUAGAUCUCACGACUGAAGGUAGGAAGCUGAGGAUAGGAAUCAGGCGCAUCGUACGGGUUAAAAAGCCCGGCACUCAAAACCAGGGACUUCAGUCUUAA